AUGACUUCGUACACAGACAAAGGCAAGAAACCAGCAGAUGGAAGGUUUUUGGCGUUCGACCACCUUACUUUCUGGGUUUCAAACGCUAAGCAGGCGGCCAGCUACUACGUCAGCCGUUUCGGGUUCGAGCCGCUCGCCUACAAAGGUCUGGAGACUGGUUCUAGAAAGAUCGCUGCGCACGCCGUCAGGUUAAACAAGAUCGUGUUCGUCUUCCAAGCGCAGUACGAGCCGGAGGAGUCGGCGCUGGUGAAACAGGUCGCGUACCACGGCGACUUCGUGAAGGACGUCGCCUUCGAGGUGGAGAAUCUGGACUACAUACUGGACUACGCGAAGAGACAGGGCGCGGUAGUCGUUAAGGAUCUAUGGGAGGAGAGAGACGAACUGGGCGUCGUGAGAUUGGCCACUCUGAAAACGUAUGGCGACAACACGCACACACUUGUAGACCGAUCAAACUAUAGGGGGUCUUUUCUACCCGGCUACGUACCACUUAGCCAGGACCCCAUAAAUAAGUAUUUGCCCAAAGUGGAGAUCAAUUUCAUCGAUCACGUUGUCGGUAACCAGCCCGACCAGGGGAUGGAGGAAGCCGCAUCGUGGUACGAACGCUGUUUGCAGUUCCACAGAUUCUGGUCGGUCGACGACAAGCAGGUCUGCACCGAGUACUCGGCUCUGCGGUCCAUCGUGAUGGCCAACUGGGAGGAGACGGUGAAGGUGCCGAUCAACGAGCCGGCCCCUGGGAAGAGGAAGAGCCAGAUCCAGGAGUACGUGGAGUACCACGGGGGAGCGGGCGUCCAGCACAUCGCCAUCAACACCGAAGACAUCAUAACGGCGAUCGAGAAUCUUCGCGCGCGCGGCGUUGAAUUCCUCAGCAUCCCAUCGAAGUACUACAAGAUCAUUAGGGAGCAGCUGCAGCACAGCAAAGUGCGUGUCGCCGAAAGCAUCGACGUGCUGGAGCGUCUCAACAUUCUAAUAGACUACGACGACAACGGCUAUCUACUGCAGAUCUUCACGAAGAACACUCAAGACAGGCCAACGUUGUUUCUGGAGGUGAUUCAGAGGCGGAACCACAAUGGCUUCGGAGCUGGCAACUUUAAAACACUCUUCGAAUCCAUUGAACUGGAACAAGAAAAACGCGGUAACCUU